AUGGACGAAUAUGACUAUAUCAUCAUUGGUGCGGGGAUUGGUGGCCUGGUGUUAGCCAAUCGUCUCAGUGAGGAUGAGUCCGUGAGGGUCCUCCUGAUCGAAGCAGGUGCCAACCGCAUGGGCGAUCCUCGCAUUGACACCCCGGGCUUUUUGGGCACGCAGUAUGGAGACCCAGACUUUGACUGGGACUAUAUGAGUGUUCCUCAGGAACACGCGAAGAAUCGUCAAAUCGGCCAACCUCGUGGCCGCGUCGUCGGCGGGUCCUCUGCCAUGAACUUCUCGAUGACUAUGUAUCCCACGGAAUCCAACUUCGAGGCGUGGGAAGCACUGGGCAAUAAAGGGUGGGGCGCUGAAGAGAUGGCACCAUACCUUCGUAAAUUCCAUUCCUAUACCGCGCCCAGCGAGGCCACUGCAAAACUGCUUGAUACGACCCGCUAUAUGAGCAUUGACAAGCAGGGUUGCGAUGGACCUGUGCCGAUCUCUCUUCCGGAUGUGUACGGUCCGUUCAAUAAAGCGUGGGAUGAAACCUUUGCGAAGCUGGGCUGGCAAACCGAUGCCGAUCCUAUUGAGGGACGCAAGUUAGGCGCUUUCACCUCCCCGUUGACGGUUGACUCCAAGACUGGAAAAAGAGGGUAUGCGGCGGCGUAUUACUCUCCCGAGGUCGCGGCGCGACCAAACCUGCGACUUCUUCCGGAGACAUUGGUUGAAAAGAUCGAGUUCAGCCGAGAGGAUGCGGAGUUGCUCGCGACGGGCGUCAAGGUCAAGACCGGGGACAACUCGUACACCAUCACAGCGAAAAAGGAGGUUCUGCUCUGUGGCGGUAGUCUCAACUCCCCCCAGGUGCUUGAGCUUUCCGGUGUUGGAGAUGCCGCUCUUCUCCAAAGCCACGGUCUUCCUGUCUUGAUCGAUAACCCCGCUGUGGGUGAGAAUCUGCAAGACCACGCGCUCACCACGAUCAGUUUCGAGGUUGCUGAUGGCCAGAUUUCCGGCGACAUUAUGCGUGACCCCAACGUCGUCCAAGCCUUGAUCAAGUUGUAUGAAGAGACAAACGGGGGCCCGCUGGCGGGUAUGCCCCUCAGUGCGGCCUACCUUCCAUUUGUGGACGGCGAUGGCCCAGUGCCUCGCGAAGAGGUUGAGACUCUCCUCGCCACAUAUCUUGACAACGAAGAGACCCCCGCCAACUUGCGUUUGCAAUAUGAUCAGAUCCGCCGCAUGAUUCUCAACCCGGAGACUUCUUCUUCACAAUAUCUUUUCCUCCCUGCACAGCUCCACAUGAACCCCGGUAAAACCACUCUGACAGACGUGUUGGCCAAAACCCUCCCUGAGAACUACGUUUCUUUCUUGAUGCUGCACAGUCAUCCAUUCUCUCGCGGUUCAGUGCAUAUCACCUCCAGCCGAAUCGAAGACAAGCCCACAUACGAUCCCAAACUUCUUUCGCAUCCGCUCGACCUGGAGAUGAUGGCAAGACAGAUGCAAUUUGCGGGUCACAUUGCUGAGACGGAACCUUUCGCCGGGCUGCUCAAGCCAGGAAAGUCUAUGCCCGAAAGCACGAGGGAUAUGUGUGAUCUUGAUCAUGUCAAGGACGUUGUGAAGGACAGGCUUUUCACUUGCUUCCAUCCGGCGGGAUCCUGUGCCAUGCUGCCUAGGGAGAAUGGUGGAGUUGUUGAUUCCGAGUUGAAGGUUUAUGGAGCGAAGAACCUGCGAGUGGUUGAUGCCAGUAUCUUCCCUCUUGAGCCGAGUGGGAAUAUCCAGUCUGCUGUUUAUGCCGUCGCGGAGCGAGCAGCCGACCUGAUCAAAGGUGUCAAAUGA